GAUCCCACUGGAAGAUUCGAAAGAUAUUCACACUGUCUGGGAAAAGGAGCAUACAAGGAAGUGUUCAAGGCAUUCGACCAAGAAGAAGGAGUAGAGGUUGCAUGGAACCAACUACGUCUGGACCACCUUUCCAAAAAAGAUGCACAACGCGUGUUGUUUGAAAUUCAGUUGUUGGAGGGAUUGCGUAAUGACAAUAUUAUCAAUUUAUUUUAUUCUUGGGUCGCACAAACUCCCAACGGAUCAGACGGCAUCUAUUUCAUUACGGAGCUCAUGACUUCGGGAACCCUCAAAUCAUAUUCAAAAAAGACCAAAGGGCAAAUCAAACCUAAAAUCUUGCGAAAUUGGGCUAAACAGAUUUUAUCAGGGUUGGUGUAUCUACAUACCAGAGACCCACCCAUUAUUCAUCGAGAUCUAAAGUCAGAGAAUAUAUUUAUUAACGGGAACAAUGGACAGGCCAAGAUUGGAGAUCUAGGACUAGCAGCAGUAAAGCGGCGAGAACACCUGUCUUCAGUUCUUGGAACUCCUGAAUUUAUGGCCCCGGAAUUGUAUGACGAGAAAUAUGACGAGCGUGUCGAUGUGUAUGCCUUUGGCAUGGUUCUGCUUGAAAUUGUCACAAAAGAAUAUCCUUAUUCUGAAUGCUCAAAUCAAGCUCAGAUCUAUCGCAAGGUUUCUACAGGAAUUAAACCUGCUGCAUUGGCCAAAGUCACAGAUGACGAAACCAGAAAGUUUAUUGCAAUAUGCAUUGAAUCGAAUCCUGUAUUACGACCUAUGGCUGCCGAUUUAUUGCUACAUCCAUUUAUU